AUGCAACGAGUUAUUCCCCAGCGGGCACGCCGGUUAUGGGGUCAUGCACCACGCGUGCGGUCUUUCAAUCGCAGUCGAAGGACAUUCGCAACUGUCUCAGGCGCAGAACGCCCCUACGAUGUCAUAGUAAUCGGCGGCGGCCAUGCAGGCUGCGAAGCCUCCGCAGCAGCAGCCCGAUCCGGCGCACGCACUGCCCUCGUAACGCCUUCCGUUCACAACCUCGGCGUCUGCUCAUGUAACCCUUCCUUCGGUGGGAUCGGCAAAGGCACUAUGUUGCGCGAAAUCGAUGCACUAGACGGUGUUGUUGGGCGAAUCGUGGACAAAGCGGGUGUGCAAUUUCGAGUGCUAAAUAGGAAGAAGGGGCCUGCUGUCUGGGGACCACGGGCACAGAUCGAUAGGACUCUGUACAAGAAGUACAUGAAAGAGGAGAUGCUGGGGUAUAGCGGACUGAGUGUUGUGGAGGGGAGUGUGGCGGAUAUUAUCGUGGAUAGAACGCAAGAGGGGGAUGUUGGAGGAAAUGGAAGAUAUGGCAAGAUUACAGGCGUGAGGUUAGAAAGUGGGGAAAUAAUACCGACGGGGAAUGUGGUCAUUACCACGGGAACGUUUUUGGGGGGAGAAAUACACAUUGGUCUUGAAGCGUACCCGUCCGGGCGCAUGGGUGAGGCUGCGACAUUUGGACUAAGCAAGAGUCUGAAGGACGCUGGGUUUACGCUAGGGAGAUUGAAGACAGGGACGCCACCAAGGUUGGACGGGAAGACGAUCGAUUACAAGGUGCUGGAGGCGCAAGAGGGAGAUGAUCCCCCAAUGCCGUUCAGUUACCUUAACGAUCGCGUACAGGUCGAAGACCAACUGCUGAACCACGAAACACGAACAAACGAAGCGACACACGAUAUCAUACGAAAGAACCUCGACAAGUCAAUACACAUUCGCGAAACCGUCAAAGGGCCGCGCUACUGCCCCUCCCUCGAGUCAAAGGUCAUUCGUUUCGCGGACAAAACAUCGCACAUCGUCUGGCUUGAACCAGAAGGCUUCGAUGACGAUACUAUAUACCCGAACGGUAUAUCAUGUACGGUUCCCGCCGACGUGCAAAUCGCGAUGUUGAAAACGAUACGCGGGCUCGAGAACAUGACGAUGCUGCAGCCGGGAUACGGUGUCGAAUACGAUUACGUCGAUCCACGACACUUGCGGUCUACGCUUGAAACAAAGAACAUCUCUGGCUUGUUUUUAGCAGGACAAAUUAACGGUACAACCGGAUACGAAGAAGCAGCAGGCCAGGGCGUCAUUGCAGGCAUAAACGCGGGGCUCAGAAGCUUAGGCAAAGAUCCGCUGGCUCUGACAAGAGCAGAUGGAUACAUUGGAAUUAUGAUCGAUGAUCUAAUCACCAAAGGCGUCUCCGAGCCCUACAGGAUGUUCACAUCCCGCUCUGAAUACCGCAUGUCUGCGCGCGCCGACAACGCUGAUACACGACUCACCGCUAUGGGUCGCGCAGCAGGUGUCGUUGGCGACAAGCGAUGGACAGCCUUCGAGCGUGAAGCGAAUGAAAUGGCCGAACUCUCCAAAGUCCUGCAAGAAAAGACUCUGGGCUGGACAGACUGGAAUAAAGCUGGCUUCUCCGUCCGCAACGACAGUACCAAACGCUCAGCCUACGACCUCCUCCGUCUCCCAGCCACUACACCCUCUUCGCUCGCCCACAUCCUCCCUACCAUCUCCCAAUACUCACAGCGCGUACAAGACCGCGUCCACAUAGAAGCCACAUACGCUCCCUACGUAGCCUACCAAACCACCUCACAAGCACGCUGGCUCCGAGACGAGAGCCUCAAGCUACCAGAAGAUCUAGAUUACGAGAGCAUAUUUGGACUGAGUUUCGAAGAGAAGCGCGCGUUGGAAGUUGCGCGGCCAGAGAGCGUGGGCAUGGCGCGACGAGUCGAGGGUGUCACGCCUACUGGUGCACUACGGUUGCUGCAGUACGUCAAAGGUGCUGGUAGGGAAGAGCGGAACGCUCGCAUCAAGGAGGAAGUGGAGAUGCGAAAGGCAAAAUAUAUGAACGCUACGCCUAGUUUGGGCGUAGAAGGCUUGUAG